UCGCGGCCACCAUGAGUUCCGAGAAGAAAAUGGAGGACGAGGCCGUCUUGGACAGAGGAGCGUCCUUCGUCAAACACGUCUGCGACGAGGAGGAGGUGGAAGGUCACCACACUGUGUACAUUGGCGUGCACGUCCCCAAGAGCUACCGCCGCAGGAGACGCCACAGACGCAAGUCCAGCCACAAGGAGAGGCGGGAGCGGGCCGACCACGGCGCGGAGGGAUACAAGUCGGACGGGGACUACGCAGACGAGUCCGCGGCCGGCGUCCUCAAACCCCUCAGUGAGUCCCGGGGAAGGACGGCGCCGCGUGCGUUUCGAUCGAUCCUGCAGCGCUCGCGUGGUUAUCGCGGCUGUGAGUGAGCACAUGUGGAACGUGGCGCUUAACGCGCGUGAAGUAGAUCGAAGCGGGGUAUCAUCCAUCACCUCGGUGAUUAGCACUGCGCUCUGACCGGAUUCUCAGGAGAUUAAAAAAAAAAAAACGGUCGAUGAGGAAGGACGAGGCCGGAAAAACAACAACACCUGUUAAGCAACGGGCGAUCCGAACAAUACUUUAGCACUGAGGGGGAACAAGUAAGGAUCGCUUCAUCAAAGAGUGAAGCAGGAUCACAAAAGCACCACCGAACGGCAGGAAAACGCAUCAAAUCAAGUGGUUAGUUUUUAACUCGACAACGGCCUCUAAACGAGCCGUGUAAUUAAAUAACUGCGUCACCACCACACGUCGUUAAACCAGCGGCAAACAUUACGGCCGCGUUGGAAGACGUGCAAUUAUCGCUGUGCAGGAAUUGGACAUCAAAAGGCCCAGACUGGAAACCAACA